GAGACCGAGCGGCGUGAAUUUUUUGAACGGCAUGGUGUUCGAUGGACUGAACUUGCGCGUCUCCCGUAUUUUGAUCUUGUGCGCCAGUCUAUCAUAGACCCUAUGCAUAACUUGAUUCUUGGCAUCGUAAAAACGCAAUGGUAUGAUCGGUGGAUAAAAACAUCAACGCUCCGAGCAUCAACCACCACACAAACUCGAGAGCUAGACAUUCUUCACAAGUUUCUUGCAAAGUUUGAGGUGCCCUCAUGGACUGGGAAGCUGCCGCCGCGUGUGGGUGAACCUGCUGGCGGCUCUCUGACUGCAGAUGAAUACAAGUUUGCCACAACAGUAGCAUGGCCCAUUAUGGUGAGCGCCUUGUUAUUGGUGCAGGUGGAACGUGCUACAUUGACGUCGAUCAAGAUUCCAAUCCUCUGGGACCUCUCACUGGACGAAGCUCGUGCCGAGCAUCAAACAUCACUCAAUUCUUAUCCCGCCCGGCUUGAUAAGUAUGAGAAAGAGCUAGCGAUGUGGAAAGCGGAAAACCCAGCGGGAUCAAGCACCACUGGCAAGCGGCAGAGGAAGGGUAAGAGCGAACCUAGUAAACCCCAGGCUCCAAGGCUACGGAUGCAGGCUGAUGAACCAGCCAACUUUCUCCGACUUUCUUGUGCACUGAAGCUCUUCUGCAGCAGUUCAUUGUAUGGCACCGACGCGCUCAAGCCCAACUUUCAUUGGGCAGUCCAUCUUUCAGACCAAAUUCGCGACUUUGGCCCCGUUUAUAAUUUCUGGGCCUUUCUUUCGGAGCGGCUCAACAAGGUACUCAAAAGCUUCAAUGUUAAUAACUGGACUGGGGGUCAGGUGGAGAUCUCAAUGAUGCGAGAGUUUUCGAGA